GACGCAACGUGCCGCAACGGAACGGAGCCUACAACAGCGAACAAAAUGUUGAAACUUUGCGCCGCUUUCCUGCUGCUGCUGCUGGCGCUGUGCGGCGCUGCCUGGGCAGCCGACAGCUACGAUGGCUGCAAAGUCUACGACAUCAACACGCGCUCCGUGUUCGAGAAGGAGCUGCUGCUGCGCCUGUCCCAGAAUGCCGAUUUGGAUUUCUUCAUUUUGCCACGCUCCCUGGACGCAGCCAGCCGUGUGAUGGUGCAGCCGCAGGAUCAGCAGGGCUUUGAGCAGCUGCUGCAAAAGUUCGACGUGGACUACGUGGUGGUCAAUGAGGACCUCGGCGUGUCCCUGCGACAGGAGCAGCUGGAGAACCAAAGCCAGCGCCUGAUGGCCCAACGUUCGGCAUCGCGUGCCAUCAGCUUCACGGCCUUCCAUCGUCACGCAGAGAUCAAUGCGUAUCUGGAUGAGCUGGCCGCUGCCUAUCCCAGUCGUGUGUCCGUGCAGGUGGCUGGCAAGUCGUACGAGAAUCGUGACAUCAAGACCAUCACCAUCAGCAAUGGCGACGGCAGGUCGGGCAAGAGCGUCAUCUUCCUGGAUGCGGGCAUCCAUGCCCGUGAGUGGAUUGCCCAUGCCGGUGCGCUGUAUGUGAUCCAUCAGCUGGUGGAUAACUUUGCUGCCAACUCGGCGCUGCUGAAGAACUACGAUUGGGUCAUCCUCCCGGUGGUGAAUCCCGAUGGCUAUGAGUACAGCCACACGAGCAACCGCAUGUGGCGCAAGACCCGCAAGCCUGUGAGCUCCGCCUGCUAUGGCACCGACGGCAAUCGCAACUUUGACUACCACUGGGGUGAGGUGGGUACCUCGAGCGACUCCUGCGCGGACACCUUCAAGGGCGAGACGGCCUUCUCCGAGCCAGAGACCCGACUGGUGCGCGAUUUGCUGCUGAGUCUGAGGAGUCGCGGCAAGUUCUAUUUGACGCUGCACUCCUUUGGCAACUAUUUGCUGUUUCCCUAUGGCUGGACAUCCGCCCUGCCCGUUAGCUGGCGCGACAUUGAUGAUGUGGCUCAGGCUGGCGCUGCUGCCAUCAGGGCUGCCACUGGCACCAAGUACACCGUGGGCAGCUCCACCAAUGCGCUCUAUGCCGCUGCUGGUGGCAGCGAUGAUUAUGCCUUUGCUGUGGCCGAUUUCCCCAUUUCCAUUACCAUGGAACUGCCUGCUGGCGGCACUGGCUUCAAUCCCACCACCGCCCAGAUUCUGCCCUACGUCCAGGAGACCUGGGUGGGCAUCAAGGCCAUGGCCCAGAAGGUCGUUGACAAGUACUAAGCGGAGUGCAAUAAACCCCACAAUAUUCCCCCAAAA